UCUAAUCAAAAGAUAUGACGGCCGACGGCAAACUGCCGGGAACUUAAUAGGAAAUAUGCCAACUGCUCAGAACACCGCUUUUACACAAUUUCAUUUUUACAAGGCUAAAAUAAUUCAAGCACCUCGCCUUUCUCAGCACAAACGUUGAAACUGUUUUGUUUCUGUCGUUUCCACAGACUGAAGCACAUUUUAAAAAGUACCUGAUACACGGUUUGUGUCUAAUCAAUGGCGAAAUGUCUCUAGAGCAAACGACAUGUGAAGAUCUCAAAGCUUUUGAGAGAAGGCUGACAGAAGUGAUUGCUUGUCUCCAACCAUCUACGCUGAGAUGGAGAAUUGUUUUAGCUGUGAUAUCAAUUUGCACGGCGAUAGGAGCGUGGUAUUGGCUCACGGACCCAUAUACAUCUGACGUCUCUUUCACGCAAAGCCUAAUAAACCACCCCUUUUUCUCGAUGUCGAGUAUAUUUUUAUCAGUAGUUUUAUUUGUCCUCGGGAUUCACAAGAGGGUAAUCGCCCCGUCGAUAAUUACAGCGAGGACAAGGAUAGUAUUAACUGACUUUAAUAUGAGCUGUGAUGAGACAGGUAAACUUAUACUGAAACCGAGACCGACGAUGUCUUGACAAAUCCAUUCUUCUAUUGUAUGCUCGUCAUCCACUGAUUUAUCAGGUAUUUAUAAAAUGUUUAUGACCUCCAAACAACCAAAAGAAUAAAUUUAAGCAAACUUACUUUACACCGGCUUAAUUAGAAAAAAACAAAUCAUAGUGUAAAACAAUUUCAAUAUAUUUGAUAAAGUAUUUUCUAUUUAUUAAAAAAAAAUUAUAUAUAUAUAAAAUGUAAAAAAAAUCAGUGAAUGCACUUUUGUAUACUAAUUCUCUAAAUUUUUAAUUUGGAAAUUUUGGAA